AAGAUUUAAUCGAUUAUGUAUGUGCAACCCUCGGUAUGAAUCAAUUUUAUUUUAUACUGUGAACAUGAAAUAUUUUAAUAGGACUCGCAAGUAAUGAUAGGUGACGUGAGUAGUAACCAGGCAGCGUUCAUGAACGAUAAAAUAAUCGAGAUCUCCGAUGCUACGAAAGCGACGUCCGAAAAAUUAGAAACUCGUGUGACGGAAUUUACCGCACGGAACAAUAACGUUGUUGAGAAGUUGGAGCAACUGGAGAGCGACAUUCACAAGUUCUUCACCCAAAAUAUGCAACACGAAGUACCUACAGGAACAACUCCUUCGAAAAGAGAAUUCUCUUAUCCUCACCAGUUCACAACUACGUCUCCGCAUGAACGAAUUCUUCAGAGAUUUCGGGAGACGAAGAAACUUGUCGAGCGACCGGAGUACGAUGAAGAUUCAUUCAUGGUCGACGACACACCAUUGAGGCAUCUUGCGAAUUCGACGGCUGUGUCUGAUAUUACGCUUACUACCUCCUCACCUAACAACACGAUCCUUGCUACGAGCAACGAUUCAUCCAUAUACAUUUCAACGAGGGACUCAGCGAAUUCCACAAUAAUGAAUGUCACACGAACGUUGGAUAGUAGUACAGUGCCCGUGAAUUCGGACACGGUUUCUGGUAUAGGUAAAGAUUUCACGUAGGAUAAACAUUUUUGGGAAUUUGGAAGAUUUUUGCGAAUCCUGAACGUUUACGACAUUUUUGGGUUUUCGCAUACCUCUAUUGUAUAAAUACAGGAAUCUGCUCUGAGCGUAAUGAAUCUUUGUAUCGAACCAGAUUAUGAACACUGCUUUGAUACUAGGAUUAAUAGAAAGGAGAAUUGUGUACAUAAGUCAGUUGCUUUUAAAGUGAUGAGAAUGUCAAUAUGUGUGCAUGUAUUACUUAGUGAUGUAAUGUAUGAUUUAAUAAGAGUAUAAAGGGUGUUCCAGGAUGCACGAGUUUUCUCUAAGGGUAAUUCCUGAAAAAUUCUUCCUCUUUUUUCUCCAACAGUUAUUAAGGAAGUUAGUGGAAGAGGAAAUUUUGACUCAGAAUUUCACCAUCUUUCACAUCCUCGGAGGAAAGUCGUGCAUUCUACGAAAAGCUGUAUAUAGGGGUAGUAGAAUUCUACUACUUUUUAAGACAAUUACAGUGCCCAGAAAAGUAAGACUAUUUUUAAUAAUUUUCUACGGAAAUAUAGCAAACGUAAUACAGAA